AUGGACUUUUGGUCUCGUCUUAUCGGCGGCUCGCGCGCUCUGUCCAAGACCUCCCGGUCCAGCUCACCCACGGAACGACUGACAGCCUUCAAGCGCGCCGUUAAUUCUCUCCAGCAAAUCUGGCGCUCGACCAAUACCCCGUCGGGCGAACAGUCGGCCUCGCACGCCCGCACUUAUAUCGAGCGGCUGAACUCGAUCCUCAGCGACGAAUCCCGCGGACCAGCGCCACAUCCCUGUGUGGUCUACGCAGCAUCUUCGCAAGUUUUUGUAACCGUGACCAAGCUCGCUUUGUCCUACUAUGACGAUGGGGUCCUGCGAUCCGCGACCCUUUUCUUCAACACGUUGAUCGAUUCCGAGGUCGAUGGCGUAGUGGACAACCGGCUGUUUGCCCGCGCUUUGGUGGACCUGGUCCGCCGUGCCGAUAAAUCAUCGGAAGAAACGGAAGGAAGACUAGUGGAGCUGCUCUUCGGGAUUUCCAACAACAUUCGUCUGCAACCCGGCAUUCUGCCGGCGUGGUUCGUACCCCGGGCGACGCCCAAUGGUCAAGAGGGCGAGUCUGCAGCUUCGAGUGGGGCGGAAUUCGCAGGGGCAACUAGGAAAGAUGAGUUUCCCCUGUUCUAUCUGCUCGUCGACUAUGUCCACCAUGACGGCCGCGCAGGCGAUUUUGCGCGUACGGGGCUACUCUAUCUCAUUGAAACCGCUUCCCGGUCCAAGAAUUUGGAAAAGUGGCUGAUCGAAAGUGAUUUGGCAACACUCAUGGCUACUGGACUGGGUGCACUGUAUAGCCAGCUAGGCGGCUUGUCCUUCACGCCGACUGACGAAAACGUCCCUCACAUUGUCGCACUAUCCGAUCACGCAAAACAGGAGACAGCUCUCCCGCCGGCCCUCGGCCAAGCGAUGGAUGCCUUUAUGUCGUACCUUUUAUUCUGGCAAGACACCAUUGAUCAUUGUAAAUCAGCCGAGGUGAACGACACACUCUUGGAUCACUUUCAAGUGCUAUUUUUGGAGCAACUUUUAUACCCAUCAUUGCUGGAAUCGUCUGAUGUGGCCGGCGGGUCGACCGCGGCAGUGUUGACUUACCUAUGUCGCAUUUUGGAUUCAAUUGAGCAAGGCGAGUUGGUCCAUCGCAUUUUGCAUUUCUUGCUGGCCUCAUCCCCUCGCACACCGGAGCAAAUGGAUAUGUCUGUCAGUCGGCGCAAAUCACUGAAUGUGCUGGCCGCAUUGGCCUCCGAAGCUGCACAGCCAUCGCCGUCGCUCUUCACUCUACGCGACCUCGCCCUUCUUGGGCUGCAAUCCUCGAAUCGCCAGACCGUGCUGGCCACAUUGCGCCUACUCAAUGUCAUUCUUCAACGGCAUCACCCAUUUGCACGGGCAUUGAUCCAUACUGUUCCCACGCGGCCCGGCCAGCAACGAUCGGUUGGGGCACUGAAUGCUGAGCUCGAACAGCUUCUCGGCCUGUCGACGUUACUUGUCCAGAACCCCACUUUCGAUGAGUCUUACGAGAACUACGUUGCGGACGCGACCUGGGCCCUCGAAUCUCGCUUGUGUCUGCCCGUCACUGCGGUAGACGAGGCGGCGGAAGCCACACCCCUGCCACUGCAGCUCCAGCAAGAUGACCCGAUUCUGCAAGCACUGUUGGCAUGCCUCGAUGGCUUCUUCACCAAUAGCGUGAUUGUCAACCUGGCUCUUACCGGAGUAUUCAUGAGUCUGGCCUCGUCGCACCUUUUCUCCCUUGAUGGUUGGGUCUUGGUCGACCCGUCUCAGUAUGACACUACAGCUGCAGAAGAAACCCAGGACCCGCUCGAUCGGAUCCGUCGUGCAUACCAGGCACCUACUUGGCCAGAGAGCGCAGCCCCGACUCUCGCCACGGCACUGGAAAGAUUAGUUACUCAAGUCCAUCGGUGGCAGCAGGACCUGCCAGACUUUGAGCUGUUAGUGGCGGCUCGGCGAGAGAUCCUGCACCAAGAGGAUCGCCCGCGCACGCCUGACCGCACGCCGGAGUCAGCGGAGACCCCUGUGCGUUCGGGAUCUCCGGACGCUAUCAGUUCAGGAUCCCGGGGUCGCUCUUCACACCUGGGGAAUUCGCCGCCGCGCGGCGAGUCAUCCGGGCCACCGUCUGAUUUUCGGCGCUCAUCUGGCCCCCCGACUGCCACCGCAGAUGGCUUGCGACAGCGUUUAGCCACGCCAUUUCCACCGGUGGAGAGUACCGAUACGGAUGGCGCCACUGAAAACCGUCCGGUCGCGACGCUUGGCCAUGUGCUGACAAAUGUAGUCAUUCUGCAUGAAUUCUUGCUGGAAUUAUCGGCGGUUGUACAAGUCCGGGGCAGUCUGUUUGAGGAGGCAGGAUAUCUGUAA